CCUCCUCCUUCAGGGUUGUUUUACAUCCGACUCACAGGGACAAGCUCCAGACACUGUUAGAAAAGAUCGUGGAGACUCCUAUCUCACCCACUCUCACUCCUUGUACCUCCUCGAACCCUUUUCCAUUUCAUGAAGAACCAGAUCAAGAAGAAUCAACACUCUGAAGCGCUCACUAUGUCGGAGUUUGAGUUAUAGGGUAUCUCUGUGGACUUGGGCAGAUCUUCAAACUUGUUUGUAGGAAAACAUUUUUGUGAUUUUUGCCAUUAGAGGAAGCAUUUACAACAUCAUUUAGAAAGAUUUCUGACAGGUUAUAGGCGAAAAUUUUGCUCAUUGGUGUUUUCACUUGAGUCAGUUGUACUAAAUUCUCAUCAAAUCGUGUGGGCUGAUGGGAUCGGACGUGCGAGAUCUGACUCCCCUCAUGCCCGCGGUACCCACUCUACCACAUCUUCCAGGGCCCAACAGCGGAGCUCCUCAAUGGGGUCCAAUCGUCGACUUCCACCCUGGCUCUCCAUAUGGAACUCUUCCCUCACACUCGUUCAUCAAGCAGGAGCCUGGCUGGGGUUCAGUGGAGACCCAUGAUGACCCUCACUGCACCCUCGGUGCCUUCACUGUGCACUUUUCAGGUCAGUUUACCGGAGGUUGCAGGUACGGCGCAUUUACUGAUCCAUCGUCAGGACAGAACAGGGGGUUCAGCAGCACCCCAUAUCUGAGCGGUUGUGCAGAAAAUCCUCCAAUCUCAAGGAGUCAGUCAGAUGUGGAUGGAGCGCUAAGUUUUCCCCACACUCCAGUUCACCACUCACCACCCUUUCCCUGUUCUCUCCCAUUUAAACACGAGGAUGCUUUGUCACAGUCCACCAUGGAUGAGCAGCAGUACUUGGCCCCGCCCCCUGUAUAUGGUUGCCACGCCCCCAGCGACAGCCAGACUCUACUUCUACGAAAUGGCUACAACAGUGAUAAUCUGUACCAAAUGACUGAAUGUGUGACCUGGAACCCGGUAAACAGUCUGGCCUCCAGCAUCAAGAGUCCAACUACAGGCUUUGAGAGCGAGCCCCAGGCAGCUGUUGCCCCCGUGAUGUACAGCGCUCAGUACCACAUACACACACAUGGCGUCUUCCGAGGAAUUCAGCAGGACGUGAGGCGAGUACCGAGCAUCACCCCCUCCGUCGUGAGAACCGAGCCCAGUGAGAAACGCCCGUUCAUGUGCUCGUACCCUGGCUGCAGCAAGAGAUACUUUAAACUCUCACACCUGCAGAUGCACGGAAGGAAACACACAGGAGAGAAACCGUAUCAGUGCGACUUCACAGACUGUGGCCGCAGAUUCUCCAGAUCAGACCAGCUUAAGAGACACCAGCGCAGACACACAGGAGUAAAACCCUUUCAGUGCGAGACAUGUCAGAGAAAGUUCUCGCGCUCUGACCACCUCAAGACUCACACUCGGACUCAUACAGGUAAAACAAGUGAGAAACCGUUUACCUGUCGCUGGCCGAGCUGUCAGAAGAAGUUUGCUCGCUCGGACGAGCUCGUCAGACAUCACAGCAUGCAUGAGAGGAACAUCACUAAACUGCAGGCGACUCUAUGAACUCCCCCAAAACCCUUACACACGUGUAAUCAUUAACUAAACAAACAUGCUGUAGAGCGUGAUGACAGCAGUGCUCAAGACUGAACAAUCAAUUAUUAACCUCAUUAAACUGCUCUGGAAUAUACAAGACCAGAAACUAAGUAAAAAAAACAACCUAUAUCUAUAAACACAAGGCUUUAAAGGCCUGAGUGAAAUCUUAUAAGGUUUAUUUUUUAGAUCAUCUCAUGUUGUAAAUAUCUCAUGAUCGCUUAGAAUCAGUCUCGAACACAGAAGGACUGAUUCACUUCAAAUCAUGUUAUUAUUGCUGAUUUUACAAACAGGCUUUCAUUUUUCAAAAAAGGAAAAUGCACUGUUGUAUUUCUUUGUACAUACUGGAUGUCAAAGUGACAGUUUGACUAUACAUAUUUUGUAUUAAAAAGCUUCUAUACAAACGUU